AUGGAGAAGACGUACUCACUAACCGCGCACUAUGAUGAGUUCCAGGAAGUGAAAUACGGCGGCCGCUACAGCAGUGACAUCCUCAGUAAUGGUAUGACCCUUCACUUGGGCGGCAGCCUGGACCGUCACAUGGCGUGUGGGCGGGGAGGCACCUGGGCAAAUGGUCGCAGCAAAGAUGCGAGCAGCACUAGCAGCAAUGGAGGUCUCCCCCGAUGGAGCCGAAGGGAGAUAUGCCUCCUUUCGGCUUUAGUCUUCGCAGCCGGCAUGUGUGUCAUUUUGGGAAGCAUGCUAGCACUGAAAUACAUUUCCUUGGAGGCCCAGCAGGAUCCCCAGUGCAGGCAAGACUGCCAGCGGAGACGCGUACUGUUGCGGGCAGCGCGCUUUGUGCAGGCCAAUAUUGACCCCACCAUCCAGCCAUGCCAGGACUUUUACUCAUUCGCGUGUGGAGGCUGGCUGAGGCGUCACGCAAUCCCAGAGGACAAGCUCAGCUAUGGAAUCAUUACAGCCAUAGGAGAGAACAAUGAAGAGAAACUGCAACGCAUCCUUCUGGAGCCAAUUCAGAGGCGAGAGCCCAACUCGGCAGAGCGCAAGGUUAAGGAGUUUUAUAGAUCGUGUGUCAACAUCCAGGAGAUUGACAAACUGGGUUCCGACCCCAUGAUCGAGGUGAUAGACAGCUGUGGAGGGUGGGAUCAGAUUGGGGCCCCUCCUGGUGCUGCUGGCUGGGAGAAAGAGGGUGCCCCACAAAGACCAGAUUUCAAUGAACUGCUUUAUAGGACGCAGGGCGUGUACAGCACUGCUGUGUUCUUCUCUCUUACUGUGAAUGUGGAUGACAAAAACUCUUCUCGGAAUGCAAUCAGGAUUGACCAGGAAGGACUCACGCUGCCUGAGAGAAGCCUUUACUUGGGUCAGGAUGAGGACAGUGUCAAGAUCUUGGCAGCAUACAAGGCCCUGAUGGAGCGCUUACUAAGCAUGCUGGGAGCUCACAACGCUACACAAAAGUCCAAGGAGAUUAUACAGCUGGAGACUCGUCUAGCCAACAUCACCGUGUCAGAAUAUGAUGACCAAAGAAAGGACGUCAGCACGAUGUAUAACCGCAUUACACUCAGGCAGCUACAGCGCACCGCUCCUGGUCUUCACUGGAAACGCCUGCUGGAUAAAAUUUUCCAUGACAACAUCUCUGAAGACGAGGAGAUAGUGGUGCUUGCCACAGAUUACAUACAAAAAGUGUCUGAUAUUAUCAAGACCACAUCAAAAAGGGUUCUCCAUAACUACAUGCUGUGGCGCAUUGUGGCAGCGCUAAGUGAACAUCUGUCCACCGCCUUCCGAAGCACCAUCCAUGAGUUUUCUCGGGAGAUUGAUGGCACUGAGCAGCAGCUGGAGCUGGGCAGAAUGUGCCUCACGCAGGCCAACAAACACUUUGGCAUGGCUCUGGGAGCUCUUUUUGUCCAGCAGCACUUCUCCUCACAGAGCAAGGCGAAGGUGCAAGAGUUGGUGGAGGAUAUAAAGCAUUCCCUGGACCUGCGGUUGCAGGAGCUUGACUGGAUGGAUGAAGCCACCAAAGAGGCAGCCAGAGCAAAGCUGAAGUACAUGAUGGUCAUGACAGGAUACCCAGACUUCCUGAUCAAACCUGAGCUCAUAGAUCGAGAAUACGGGUUUGACGUGGACGAGAAAACCUACUUCAAGAACAUUCUUAACAGCAUCAAAUUCAACAUUAAGCUGUCAGUCAAGAAGAUUCAUGAAGAAGUAGACAAGACAGUGUGGAUUCUCCCCCCACAGGCCCUAAAUGCCUACUACCUACCUAACAAGAACCAAAUGGUUUUCCCAGCCGGCAUCCUUCAGCCCACUUUGUACAACCCUGAAUUCCCACAGUCUUUGAACUAUGGAGGUAUAGGAGCAAUCAUUGGCCAUGAACUAACUCAUGGGUACGAUGACUGGGGGGGACAGUAUGAUCGCCACGGCAACCUCCAACAAUGGUGGACUGAGGACAGUUACAGAAAGUUCCAGAAGAAGACUGAAUGCAUCGUGAAACUCUAUGAUAAUUUCACAGUUUACAAUCAGAGGGUUAACGGUCGCUUGACUCUGGGGGAGAACAUUGCAGACAUGGGAGGACUCAAGCUGUCAUAUUAUGCAUAUCAGAAGUGGGUGAGAGAACACGGCCCAGAGAGACCCCUACCAGGGCUCAAAUAUACACAUGAACAACUCUUCUUCAUUGCCUUUGCACAGAACUGGUGUAUGAAGAGAAGAUCUCAGUCUAUUUACUUGCAGUUGUUAACGGAUAAACAUGCACCGGAACACUACAGGGUGAUUGGCAGCGUUUCUCAAUUCAAUGAGUUUUCCCGCGUUUUCCACUGUCCGAAGGGUACCCCCAUGAAUCCUGUUGACAAAUGUUCUGUAUGGUGA